AUUUCAUAAUCGCAAAGUUUUAUUUUUCUAAUAUUAAAAGUUUGUGGUGCGAAAUCAUAAUGUGAAAGUAGCUCACAAUGUCGAAUGCGCUCCUCAAUGGCUUGGCCGGAGCCGGAGGAGGCAUCAUAGCUCAGAUCAUCACUUAUCCUUUGCAGACCGUGAACACGCGGCAACAGACUGAGAGAAUUGCCAAAAAUAGGAAGAAUAGUGAUUCUGCCUCAGAAAGCAAACCACCUAAGAGGGUUUCACCUGGAACUCUAUAUCAGAUUAUUGAGGUUAUAAGAAAUGAAGGGUGGGGAGGGCUAUACAGUGGCCUUAAGCCUUCGCUGCUCGGAACCGCGGCAUCUCAGGGCAUAUAUUACUAUUUCUAUCAGUUUUUCAGGAACAAAGCAGAGGCUAUUGCGGUGGCCCGUAAAAAGAAAGGAGUAGGUGAUGGAACACCUGGAAUGUUUUCUUGGCUUGUGGUGGCAGCUAUUGCUGGGUGCCUGAAUGUGUUGUUUACGAAUCCAAUAUGGGUUAUUGUGACGCGUAUGCAGACACAUACUCAAGCACAAAGAAAAAUCAUGGAGGCAAGGAGGGAUGCUAUAAUAAGUGAGUAUUCUGGGAGUAGUUCUACUGAUCAGACUAUUCUCCAAAAGAAGUUGGCAGAAAUUGAGUUGAUGAAACCUUGUCCUUAUGGAGCACGGAAUGCGGUAGGAGAGGUUUAUAGGGAAGCAGGCAUAUCAGGUUUCUGGAAAGGCAUCAUUCCAACACUUAUCAUGGUGUGCAAUCCAUCAAUUCAAUUUAUGAUUUAUGAAAGUUCAUUGAAACAUCUUAGAGCCAAGCGUGCCACAAAUAAGCAUGGGUUGAAAAAUGCGACUGCAUUGGAGGUAUAUCAGCUGUGUGCCUUGGCUAAACUGGGAGCAACUAUUUCUACAUAUCCGUUGUUGGUUGUUAAGUCAAGGCUUCAAGCGAAGCAGGAAAUUGGUGGUAACAUUGCAUUUAGAUAUACAGGUACUUUGGAUGCUAUUGUGAAGAUGAUACGUUAUGAAGGAUUGCCUGGUUUUUAUAAGGGCAUGGGAACAAAGAUAGUGCAGAGCGUUUUUGCAGCCUCAGUCCUUUUCAUGGUGAAGGAAGAACUGGUUAAGGCAUAUGUCUUGAUAGCACACCAGAGCAAAAGAGUUCUGAGAAAUGUGGUGACUUUUGAAGAGAAGGAUCUUUUGGGGUUUGUGCUCUAGGAUCCUAUGGGAUAACAGCAUAGCUGUGUGUUGAUCACAAGUUGAGUUUAUGUGGCUGAUGGAAAAACCUUGAUUCAUUCAGGUUGCAGCAAUAUAAUAAUG